AUGAACUUCAUUGCUAAAACACUCGUCAGAAUGUUUCUUUACUUUGCCGCGUAUGUUGUCCUGAAUCUGGAGAUAAAAUACAAGGAAUACGCGCAUUUUCCUUUGUUCGCUCUUGUCUAUGUUUCGUGCCUUUUUACGGAGUGUAUAGUAGCAAAGAGAUAUUAUAACAUCAAAAAAGUGAAUACAAUGGAGGUGUUGCUGGCAUUCAUGCUUUCAUUUAUUGAUUUUCUCACCAUUUACCUGGUCUAUCAGAUGGCAUCACGGCAGUCGCACAUGGUGUUUGCGCUCUUCACAAUUACUGUAGCAUGUCUCUGUGGGUUGUAUGAUCAGGAGGACAAUUUGCUGUUCUUCUUUGCGGUGUUGUUCCUGUGCUCGCUCGUAUAUUCCUUGGACACUUACACAACAUUUGGGUCGGCCCCAAUCGAUGACAUUUUUGAAAGUGUCAUGGUGGAUCGGAAGCUUAACCACGCUGCUUUGGCACUCGUUCUCAUUAUUUUCAGGGUGUUUUUUGUGGACUCCCUUGCUGUUCGCUACGAUAUUUCGCAUUUCGUGUACUCGCUAUUUUUUUCGCUUUUUGCGGUCAUAUCGACAGCCAACGACUUUUACAAAUUAACGUUCACCUACACCAAGAUUUACAUCGUGCUAGGAGCCGUUCUAUCCGGUAUAAUGCAUGCCACGACAAACCUGUGCGAUUUUGGAAGCCUGCGGUGCAUAUUGCUGGUGUAUUUGGUUACGUUCGUGUUCAUUUUCUCGUAUGUGCUUGACUUCAACGGAUAUGUGUUCGUAAAGAGUCCCCAGGAAAUGCUUUAUGCCCUGCCUGCUGUGUGGAUCUUAUGCUUUAUCCUAUUUGUCGUAUCGAUCCCGUUGGUCUACCACUGUGUCACGUAUUUCACUACGUAGCAAACAUGUAUAGAGGUUGAACCGUUGGAGCGUAACAGGUGGAUAAUUAAAAUAUGAUCAGCCACUCGUAUAUCGUACGUUUAGAGAUACAUAGGCCGUUUUUCGCUCAUAAA